AUGGCCCUGAAAACCAUAAUUCAAUUCCCAGUUUUUGCUCCACCCAAUCCACCACACAACAAUAGGCACUACCGUCCCGCCACCGAAAUCCGCUUUUCCCGGUGGAACAACGCCAACGCCGAGAAAUUCAUCCGCCACAAACGCACCCAGAAAGAAAUCGAAGACGAACUCCGUUUCCACAAACGCUUCGACUCCGCCCUCAACAUCGCCAACAAUUAUGACACCACCACCACCACCACCACCACCACCACUGAUACUUUCAAAUCCACCGGAACGCCAUCAACACCCUCUAGACCUUCAAUUCCCGGCAAGAAAUCGAAAUACUCCAAAAACCCAAAAAAUUAUAAAACCCCCAACUACGUACACCCCGCAUUUAAACCAGUUACGAGGCAUUCAGUUGUAUCAAAUGUAUCGGAAGAGGAUAAAACUGGUGUUAAAAUUAGUGAAAAAGGGGUUUCAUAUGAAUUCCCAGAAGCCCCCUUUGAGUUUCAGUACAGUUAUACUGAAACCCCAAAGGUGAAGCCAUUAAAGCUACGUGAGCCACCCAUUGCGCCAUUUGGGCCAAGCACUAUGCCUAGGCCAUGGACAGGACGAAAGCCGAUGACAUCGAGUAAGAAGAAAAUUGAGUUUGAUUCAUUUCAGUUGCCUCCGCCCCAUAAGAAGGGGGUGAAGCCGGUGCAGGCGCCGGGGCCGUUCUUGCCCGGUUCGGGACCAAAGUAUGUGGAGUCGAGGGAGGAGAUAUUGGGGGAGCCAUUGACGAAGGAGGAGAUAAAGGAGCUUAUAGAAAGCUGUAAGAAAUCAAAAAGGCAAUUGAAUAUGGGAAGAGAUGGCUUGACUCAUAACAUGUUGGACAACAUCAAUGCCCUUUGGAAGCGAUGGAGAGUGUGCAAGAUAAAAUGCAAAGGAGUGUGUACAGUUGACAUGGACAAUGUGCGCCAGCAUUUAGAGGAGAAAACAGGUGGGAAAGUUAUAUUCAGUAAAGGGGGGGUCAUAUACCUUUUCCGCGGUAGAAAUUACAAUUAUAAAACUCGGCCACGCUUUCCUCUUAUGUUGUGGAAACCUAUUACCCCUGUGUAUCCAAGACUGAUUAAGCAGGUCCCAGAAGAUCUGACAUUGGAAGAAGCAUGUGAAAUGCGCAGGAAGGGCCGCAAUCUGACACCCAUAUACAAGCUUGGAAAAAAUGGUGUUUACUGUGACCUCGUAAGAAAUGUCAGAGAGGCAUUCGAAGCAUGUGAAUUGGUGCGAGUAAAUUGUCAAGGGAUGAAUGGGAGCGACUAUAGGAAAAUAGGUGCCAAACUCAAGGAUCUUGUUCCAUGUGUGUUAAUGUCCUUUGAGCGUGAACACAUUCUGAUGUGGAGAGGAAGAGAUUGGAAGUCCUCCAUUCCGAAUUUUGAAAAUGAUCCCAAGGAAGUGCAGAAUUUAUUAGUUAAUGAAGCAAGCUUUGACAAUCUCAAUUCAAGCAAAUCUCCUGUGGAUAGUGAAGAUGUGGGCUUAGAGGAGAGCAAUGAAUUGAGCAAGGAGGAUGGUCAGGAUUUUUUAUCUGAAGUAAAUGAUAUGCCAUCUGUAGGUCCUCUUGCAGAUUCAACUCUGAUGAAUAUUUGUGAAACAGAAAGUUCUGCACCAUCAUAUCCAAGCUCCAUUUCCAAUUAUCCUGAAACUUUGACUAGAAGCUGUGAGAGCAAAGAGAUAUUGAAUAAUUCAGGCCCUGAAGAUGACGACACUAGAGCUAUGUCAAUGGGAUCUGGCCCCAAGCUGGGAAGUGCGGGUGGGGGUAACCAAAAUCAACUGAAGUCUUUAUCUUUGGUUCCUCUUUCUUGUAACAAGCUGGAAGAUGUAUCAGAAGACUUGGACAUUCUCAGCAAACCGCGGAGUUUGAGUUCCCCAUGUACUGAGGAAGUUUUGCUACUCUGGAAGCAAGCGGUCAAAAGUGGGAGUGCAGUUGUUUUGGAUGAUUCUAGUCUGGGCGCCGACGUUGUUUAUGAAAGGGCAGUUGCUCUGGCCCAAUCUGCUCCACAGGGGCCUGUUUUUAGGCACGGACGUAAGAAGAUGGCACCCAAUGAAUGUGAGGAACACGAAAGUAGAGAUUCAGAGGUGAGAGAAGUCGUUUCAGAGAGGGAAGGAAGAGAUGGAAAGAAGUCUACAAACAAAAGAAUGAAGGAUUUUAAAGAAGAUUGCUUAAACAUAGNUGUAAGAAGAUGGCACCCAAUGAAUGUGAGGAACACGAAAGUAAAGAUUCAGAGGUGA